CUCGGCGGCUGCAGACGCGGCGGCGGCGGCGGCGGCACGGCAGACAGCGGCCCCUGGAGCGGCAACAUGAGCGGGUCACAGAAUGAUGACAAAAGGCAAUUCCUGCUGGAGCGACUGCUGGAUGCAGUGAAGCAGUGCCAGAUCCGCUUUGGAGGGAGAAAGGAGAUCGCUUCGGAUUCUGACAGCAGGGUGACCUGUCUGUGUGCCCAGUUUGAAGCUGUCCUUCAGCAUGGCAUGAAGAGGAGCCGAGGAUUAGCGCUCACAGCAGCAGCCAUCAAGCAGGCGGCGGGCUUUGCCAGCAAAACUGAGACAGAGCCUGUGUUCUGGUUCUACGUGAAGGAGGUCCUCAACAAGCACGAACUGCAACGCUUCUACUCCCUGCAUCACAUCACUGCAGAUGUGGGCCGAGGCCGGGCCUGGCUGCGCUGUGCCCUCAAUGAACACUCCCUGGAGCGCUACCUGCACAUGCUCCUGGCUGACCGCACCAGGCUCAGCACGUUCUAUGAAGACUGGUCUUUUGUGAUGGAUGAAGAAAGGUCCAGCAUGCUCCCUACCAUGGCAGCUGGUCUGAACUCCAUACUCUUUGCAAUUAACAUUGACAACAAGGAUUUGAAUGGGCAGAGCAAAUUUGCUCCCACUGUCUCUGACCUCUUAAAGGAGUCAACACAGAAUGUGACGUCUUUGCUGAAGGAGUCCACGCAGGGCAUGAGCAGCCUUCUCAGGGAGAUCACAGCAUCCUCUGCUGUCUCUAUUCUCAUCAAGCCGGAGCAGGAGACUGACCCUCUUCCUGUCAUAUCCAAGAACGUCAAUGUUGAUGCCAGAUGUAAGAGGGAGAGGAGGAGGAGGAAGAAGGUGACCAACAUUGUCUCUUUUGAUGAUGAUGAGGAGGAGCAGAGCAUUGGGAACACUUUAAAAAAGAUGCCUGGAACUACAGAAAGCUCAGAGGACAACUCCGACCGCUCCUCCAUCAACGUCACGUCAACCUUUGAAAGCCCCUUUGGGCCAAACUCCAAUGGGAGCCAGAGUAGCAGUUCCUGGAAAAUGGAUGCUGUGUCUUUGAACGGGGAGCUGGGCUUCCAGAAGCUUGAUGUGAAGAGCAUCGAUGAUGAUGUGGAUGAAAACGAGGAGGGUGUGUGCAGGAACCCAGCGGGAAGGAGGCACACAGGCCACUCGGGGUCGCCAGACAAAUCACUGGAUGGGAAUGCCUGCCUCCCCCAGGUGCAUGGCUGGGCCCCACUGCAGGUGCUCCAUGGAGAUGCUGAUGCCGACACUGACGUCCUCUUCCCUGUCAGUGGAGUGGGCUCCUAUGUUGCAACAGAUGCUCCUGUGGGAAGCCUGGAGAAUGGGGCAGGACCAGAGGACCAUCUACUCCCAGAGCCCGGCCUUCGGUACAGUGUGGAAGCCAGUUCUCCAGGCCGAGGAAGCCCUCUGAGUAGUCUGUUACCAUCUGCCUCAAUGCCCGAGUCCAUGACAGUUCAUGAACUACGCCAAGCCAUCGUGGCCAUGAUGAACAGAAAAGAUGAAUUGGAAGAAGAGAACGGGUCACUGCGGAAUCUCCUUGAUGGCGAGAUGGAGCACUCGGCUGCACUCCGGCAAGAGGUGGACGCCUUGAAGAGGAGGGUGGCAGAGCAGCAGGAGCGCCAUACCACAAAGGUCCAGGCGCUGGCAAGAGAAAACGAGGUGCUCAAAGUCCAGCUGAAGAAAUAUGUAGGAGCUGUCCAGAUGCUGAAAAGAGAAGGUCAAACAGCUGAAGUUGUACCCAGUCUUUGGAAUGUUGAUGGAGAAGUUACAGUCCCUGAACAGAAGCCUGGGGAAGUUGCUGAGGAACUGGCAAGUUCCUAUGAGAGGAAGCUCAUUGAGGUGGCUGAGAUGCAUGGGGAGCUGAUUGAGUUCAACGAGCGACUACACCGGGCCCUGGUGGCCAAAGAAGCCCUGGUGUCCCAGAUGAGGCAAGAGCUGAUCGACCUCCGAGGUCCUGUGCCUGGAGAUUUGAGCCAAACAUCUGAAGACCAGAGUUUAUCAGAUUUUGAAAUAUCUAAUCGGGCACUGAUCAACGUUUGGAUCCCAUCUGUGUUUCUCCGAGGCAAAGCAGCCAAUGCAUUUCACGUGUAUCAGAUCUACAUCCGGAUAAAGGACGACGAGUGGAACGUGUACCGGAGGUACACCGAGUUCCGGGCACUACAUCACCUGCUGCAGAGCACGUUCCCACAAGUAAGGGCCUACAGCUUCCCACCCAAAAAAGCCAUCGGAAACAAGGACGCCAAGUUCGUGGAGGAGCGACGAAAGCAGCUCCAGAGUUACCUACGCAGCGUCAUGAACAAGGUCAUCCAGAUGGUGCCUGAGUUUGCUGCAAACCCCAAGAAAGAGACCCUGGUGCAGCUGGUGCCCUUCUUUGUGGAUGUCGCCCCGCCUGGGGAACCGCUGAACAAGAGCAGCAGGCCCAAAGUAGCUUCCCGCUUCCCUAAGCUGUCCCGAGGCCACCCCAGGGAGAUGCGCAAUGUGGAGCCUCAGAGUGGUGACCUCUGACCUCAGUGGAACCCAGACCCCAGUCACUUUGUGCUCAACCUAGCCAUGGCAGCUGGCCCUGGACACCUUGGCAGGAUGACCAUGUUCCCACAGAGAACAUGCUCUUCUUGCUGCCACCCAAUUAAACUGGUCAGUUUUA